AAGAAUGUCUCAGUGUUGUUACGUCACUGGUCAUUCGCACCGCGUCUGAUAAUUUCCAAGUAGUUUAAAACAUAGUUUUUGUGUUUGAAAGAAAAAGUUCACUUUGAAACCACCUUUAUAAUCACAUAGGUUGUCGAAACAAGAAGUGAUUGACUACAACAGUGCCCCAUUCAAGAAUAUGUUAUCAUAAUUUUUGAUUACUUUUUCUUAUCAAGUGCUUUAAUAACGUAAUAUUUAUUCUCUUAACCUUAAAAUUUGAACUUUUACAUAAACUGAGAUUUAGUGGAAACCAGUGUUAAAUUCGAUCGUACGUUGAAUCAGUUCCAUAUGUUUUAUUAUCGUCAAUUUGCUCACAUGUUCUCACAAUUUCCGUGGAAUAAACAAGAGUGUUUGUAGUGUGUAAACAGUAUGGUAUUUGGAAUUUUCAAAGAAUAUUAUUUUAAAAAGAAGUCACUCCGUGAUUGCUGACGUGCUGUGAAAUAUAAAAAGUGUGUAGAAUUAUUAAAACAUGGAGACAGGCAGUCGAGGCGUUCUGGAAACGGACGAUAAUGAAGAAUGUCCGAAACACCCGAAAUUUUUAUGGCAACCAUUUUUGAGGCAGUUGUACGUAUGCACCGUAUGUACGUCGAUAUAUUUCGUGUUGGGAUUAUGUUUCGGAGCGCCCACCGUCUACAUACCGCAGCUGAGGAAAGAAAUGCAAGCAAAUGCAACUGGGUCCCAGCUUACAGACGAUAUGGCAUCUUGGUUGUCUUCCAUUCUCGGCUACUGCUCCAUGCCAUGGGUGAUUAUCCUACCAAUACUCACGCACUACAUAGGAAGGAAAAUUCCAUUCCUUAUCGUAACUGUAUUGACACUAGUCAGCUUCAUCGUGUACUACUGCAGUACCAGCCCCGUACACUUGUUGGUCAGUGAGAUACUACAAGGGAUUACUCUUGCGAGUAACAUGACUGUUUUAAUAGUUAUCAUUGUGGAGUACUCUACACCUCGCUACCGAGGCGUGUUCAUGAUGAUUGAAUCGUCUAUAUUCUUCUGGGGAGUUUGGAUAGCCAAUGUCACAGGCACCUUCAGUCAUUGGAAGAACAUUGCUAUCAUUGCUUUCGUGUGCUGCAUAUACGCAAUGACAGCUAUCGUAAUGCCAGAGUCUCCAUCCUGGCUUGCAAUGCGAGGACGCUUCGAGGAGUGUGCCAGAGCACAUCAUUGGCUAAAAGGAUACGAUCAAGAAUCAGAAGAGGAACUCGAGAGCCUCAUAAAAUCUCAAAAGGAGUAUCGCAGAAAGUGCGCAGCGCGAGUAAAUUCAACUUCGUGGUAUAAACUACGAAUUAUCAAAGAAACGGUAACUGCGAAAGGGUUCUAUCAGCCUCUACUGCUAUCUAUGGCUGUAAUGUCAUUGUACCAUUUCUCAGGAAAAUUAGUCUGCUCAAUGUACGCCGUAGAUUUGAUCAGUCAAAUAACUUCUAGCGAGUCUGCUGCUUACACUGGAAUGCUCAUUCUGGACGCAGUAACAAUACUUGGCAUGCAGGUUGGUUGUGUUUUAUCAAAGUUAGUAAAUAGACGAACAUUGUUGUUAUCUUCGUCAGCUCUAGGAAUCACGUUUUUGUUUAUAAUAUCAUUGUAUCUGCAUUUAGUUAGUAUAAAAACCAUCGCAGAGAAUAAGAUAAUAUCCAUUGUGUUGUUGACAUCGUUCUCAGUGGCCAUUACUUGUGGACCGAUGAUAAUGCCGUCCACUAUCUUCGGCGAGCUAAUAUUUUUGAGGUACAAAAGUUCAUCGUUGCUUAUACUUACAUUGUUUUCUGAACUACUAAUGGCAACGGUACUUAAACUGUCACCGCAUAUAUUUAAAGCGCUCACAUUGCAAGGCGCCUUCUUGUUCUACGGCAUAUCAGCUUCCAUUUUCGCAUUUAUUUUGUACAAAUAUUUACCUGAAACCAAAGAUAAAACCCUGCAAGAAAUUGAGAAUUAUUUCAAAGAGUCCAAUGAAAUGGUUGAGGAUUCCGCUAAAGCGUUUAUUAAUGAGAAACCGGAUAAUUAUGACACUCAGAAAUGUUAGAAGAUUUUUAUGUUUUCGUAAUUAUAUUUAAUGGCAUUUACUGUGUAAAUAAUAAAAUGUAAUUUAAGUAGGUGUAAUUAAAAUGUUUACAAUGUU